AGUUCCUUCGUUCAUUAGUUAUCUUCAUAUAAAAUAAUAUAGUGUUUUGCCCUCUUUACCUUCUUCAAACUCAGUUGCAGAGGCCUCUUUAAUCUCUUACCAUGGCUUCUACUUCUUCAACUCCUUGCAAAUAUGAUGUUUUUAUUAGCUUUAGAGGCAAAGAUAUUCGCGAGGGUUUUCUCUCCCAUCUCUUUGAUGCUCUGCAGCGAAAACAAAUCAAUGCCUUCUUGGAUCAAAACCUCCGCAAAGGAGAAGAGAUCUCACCUGCUCUCUUGCAAACAAUUGAGGAAUCAUUUGUCUCAGUGGUAAUUUUCUCUGAAAAUUAUGCAGAUUCGCCGUGGUGCUUGGAUGAGCUUGUGAAGAUACUUGAAUGCAAGAAAACAUCAGGACAAUUAGUCCUACCAGUGUUUUACCAUGUAGAUCCAGCCGAUGUUCAAGAGCUGACUGGGAAUUUUGGGGAGUCAUUUGCAAUUGCUAAGAAUGGGGAAGAACUUAAAGGUUGUUUAGACAAUGUGGAAGACUGGCGCCAUGCUUUGAUGGAAAUAAGCAUUUUAUCAGGAUGGGAUUCACGGCAUUUCAAGUCUGAAUCCAAACUAGUUGAGGUAAUAGUAAAUAAUGUUUCGGAGAAAUUAAGUCACUUCCCUUCAAGUGAUUCUUACAAUGAUAACUUAGUUGGAAUUGAUUCGCGUGUGAAGAAAGUGGAAUCAUUGUUAUGUAUUGAAUCAAUAAAUGACAAACGGGUCAUAGGAAUUUGGGGUAUGGGAGGUAUUGGCAAGACAACUAUUGCUGAUGAAGUAUUUAGUCGAAUUAUGGAUAAAUUUGAUGGUCACUGUUUUGUUGCAAAUGUCAGAGAGAAGGUGAGAAAACAAACACCAGUUACUUUACGAGAUAAAAUCAUUAAUCAAUUGUUAGGAGAAAAAAAUUUACAUAUAAGCACACCUCGGUUGCCUGCUAUCAUUAGGAGAAGACUUCAGAGUAAAAAGGUAGUCAUUGUUUUUGAUGAUGUAAAUGAUCCAAACCUUUUAAAGCUUUUAGCAGGAGACUGUGGCUUGUACCAUAAUGGAAGUAGGAUCAUUGUAACUAGUAGAGAUAGGCAAGUACUUAAAAAUGUUUGCUCUGAGGAAUUUAUAUAUGAGGUUGAAAAAUUAAUUGAUGAUGAAGCUCUUUGCCUCUUUAGCUUGUAUGCCUUCAAACAAAAUCAUCCUAAGAAAGGAUAUGUGAAUAUAUCGAAGAAGUUGAUAACAUAUGCUCAAGGCAUUCCAUUGGCUCUUAUAAUUUUAGGCUCUAAUUUGUGUGACAAUGGGAUUGAAGAAUGGGAAAGUGAGUUGGAAAAAUUGAAAGAAAUUCCUGAUAUGAACAUUCAAGCAGUUCUGAAAAUAAGUUAUGAUAGACUAGAACGUCAUGAAAAGAGCGUAUUUCUUGAUAUUGCAUGUUUCCUUAAAGAGGAGCCUAAAGAUCGUGUUGAAAGAAUAUUAGAAGGUUGCUGUUUCUUUCCAAGAAGAGCAAUAAGCCGUUUAAUUGAUAAAUCUCUCAUAACUGUUUCAGACAGUAAGGUAGGUAUGCAUGACUUGUUACAACAGAUGGGUAAGGAAAUUGUUUAUGAGGAAUCCAAACAGCUCGGAGCACGCAGCAGGUUGUGGAAAUAUAAGGAUAUUUGUCAUGUAUUGACAACAGAUAGGGGAACUGCAAAUGUUGAAGGCAUAUUACUUGACAUGUCUGGGAAUGGAUAUUUGGAGCUAAGUUCCACAGCUUUCAUGAAAUUGUGCAAUCUUAGAUUCCUAAAAUUCUUCAAUGUUACUCAAUCCACACAAGGACAAGUGUUGCUUCCUAGUGGCCUUGAAUUUCUUCCAGAAGAGCUAAGAUAUCAUCACUGGGAAAGAUACCCUUUGACAUUCUUGCCAUUAAAUUUUUGCCCAAAAAAUCUUGUAGAACUUCACAUGCCAAGGAGCAACCUCAUCCAACUUUGGAAUCAAGAGAAGGCAAGAGUCAUUGUUCUACUUUAUAAAAUUUAGCUACAUUGUGUAAAGUUAAUUAGCAUCUGCUAAUAUUAUUGAUAUUUUCAUUACAGGCUCUUGGAAGUUUGAAAUUUUUGGACCUCAGCUACUCUUUGGAGCUGACCAAAGUUCCAGACUUGUCUAGUGCUCCAAAUCUUGAGUUUUUAUGUUUGAGAGGAUGUGAAAACUUGAUUGAGAUUCCUAGUAGCAUUGGCAAGUCGAAAUGUCUAAAAGAAGUUACUCUCCAUGGAUGCUCAAAAUUGGAUAGUCUUCCACAAAGCAUCUGCAAUCUGAAAUCUCUUACACUCCUUGAUAUCUCAGAUUGUUUUAAUGUCAGUGGAUUGCCAGAGAACAUAGGGAAUUUAGAAUUGCUGAAGGACCUUUAUAUAUCUGGAAGUGGAAUAAAAACUUUACCAUCCUCCAUCAAUCAGUUGGGAAAAUUGGAAGAUUUAAGAUGUAGAGGAUGUGAAGGUUUGACAUUGCCUUCUUUGACUGGUUUGUCACGUGUAAGGGAAAUUGAUUUAAAUGACUCUGGUAUAUUAGAAAUCCCCCAGAGCCUUUGGUUUUUAAUGUCAGUGAAAGUGUUAUAUUUAGCUGGAAACAAUUUCGAGAGCAUACCUCCAAGCAUUAAACAACUAUCCAAGUUGAAGUGGCUUGGAUUAAAAGGUUGCAAGAGGCUUGCAUGUUUACCCGAGCUUCCAUGCUUAGAAGAUUUGGAUGCAUCAGAUUGCACGUCUCUGGAAUCUGCAUCAACUUCAUUUCUUUUCCUAGAACAUGAAGAUGAUGAUGAUGAAGAAGAAGAAGAAGAAGAAGAAGAAGAAAAACAUCUUGAGUUUCGUAAUUGCAUCAAUGUGGAUAAGGAGAUAUAUCAGAAAAUAAUGGAGGAUGUAUUGGAAACGCAUCUGUUGAAACACAGGAUUGUUAAUUUAUGUAUAGCUGGGGUUGAACUGCCUCAAACGAUGAGAUAUAAGAACAAGAGUGGAUCUUCUCUUUCAUUCAGACUGGAUAGGCCUAAUAUGAUCGGUCUUUCUUUUUGUGCUGUUUUUAAUCCCAAAAAUUAUUCUUGUGAUCCUAUGAUUCAAAUUAGUUGUAAAGCCCAUUUCGUAGACAAGUCUGGACAUAGCAGCAAAAAUUUCUAUUCCGAUUUGCUGAAUUUGAGAGUUGAUCCUUAUAUUCAGAACAUGUAUUCCUUUGGAGCAACUUGUUCGACAUGGAAGUGAAUUUCGUUGAGGCCUCAUUUCAGUUCUGCAUUGACAAGCACUCAUCCAAGCCCCCAUAUCCUGUGAAUCGUGAUUAUGGGGCCAUAAUUAAGUGUGGGGUACAUCCUAUAUUUCAAGAUGAUUAUCUUUGCAGAGAUGAAAAGAGAAGCAAAAAUCAAGAAGACGAGGAAGAGGAACCUCCUCUUAAAAGAUUGAAACAAGACCAAAAACUUUCUAAAAAUUCCUCUUAUACAGAGCAUAAAUCAUGAGGAGACAAAGGAAGAGGAACCUUCUGUCCAUCUAAACCAAAUUCAGAAUGACAACAGGACUACCACCACAGGAGAUUCUUAUAUGCACACGUAUUGAUGGGUUUUAUUGCUAGACUGAUAUAUUAUGUGAAAAAGUAUGUUGCCUUACUGUAUUAUUUUACAAUUGAAUUUUAUUAUUGAUUUUCUCUUAUUGCUUGAUGAGCAAUAAAUUCUAAUGUCUUUGGUGCA